CUGCGGGCUUUAGAGACUGGAUAAAGAAGACUUGAGUGUUUUUGGCAGGUUGUUUACCAAUUAUAACGGAAUGGCGCUCUUUUCAAGUUUGGAUUGAAAACGAUAACGGUUUUUGACAUUUAGAAAGGUUUCAGCUAAGAGUAGGCCUACAGAAAAAUCAAGAUGGCUCAUGGACAGUUAAUCGAAGUCAUUCAACGCCAGUCUGUACAAGAUUUACAUCAGCAUAUUACAGAGUUAAAGAAAAAUCACGAUAACUUACGAGAGGUGAUUGAGACGUGCAGUCGUCAUGAAAAAGAUGAAUUAUGGGAAGGGAUUCAGACGUUUUGUACAACCAAGUUGAUGGCCAUUGAAAACUUUGAGUUAGAAGAUGACGAGGAACAGAAAAUGGCUGAGUUGAUUAGAUUGUUUGAUCAUAUUAUCGCCCUGGCAACCAUCACUCUACAAGUAGUACCUGAUAAUCUUCCUGUAGCCUUGGUUGAUACAGCCUCUUUAUUACAUGGUAUAAUGUUAACGUUACCAGACACAGCUCACGGUGUGAAGAAUUCUCUCGCAGGUCUCUUUGAAACAUGGUGGAAUAAACAAAUAACAGGCCGAGACGAAAUCAUCGCCAAUACUUUCUCCUUCCUGUUACAGGAAACACAUCAACCUCAUGUUACUAUGGCUAUGAUCAAGAGACUGUGGAAAUUACAUGAUUAUUUACUGGAUGUAGAUAUUACCAUGGAUACGAAUAACAUGUUACGAGGACAGCUAUUACAGUGUUGUUCAAAUCAUAUGUUUUAUAAAUGUCCACAGGGUAAAAUGUUUUUAAGUUUCCUGUUUUCACUGUCCGAUGAUUUUAUCUUGCAACUACAUACAGCAAUAAAACAAGAAAUACCCUUUGUUUCCAAAUCUUUAUUAGAGGGUGUUGGUGAGGUAUAUUUUCGAGCUUGGCAGAAAUCAUCUGGUUCUACGAGACAGAUAAUAGAAGAGAGAUGUUUACAGAAUUUGAUGCAUCAGGCGGCCGUCGCGCCACGAACGGGAGAUCCCAACAUGUCAAACAUUUUACUUAAAUUAUUACAGUAUAUACACAAACAGAAAAAACAGACAGGUGUAGAUAAAAUGUUGUACGAUCUAUAUUCACCGUUUCUAUGGAGAUAUUUAAAAGCCCCUCAUUCUGAAGUACGAGCGAAUUGUGCAGGAUUAUUAAUGGAUGUUUUUCCCAUUAGUGUUGAUGAAACUGAAGAUGUUCAAGAUGAUUUGAUGCAGAAGCAAUAUGAAUUCCUUAUUGGUCUACUGAAAGAUCCGAACCAUGUUGUACGGUUAAUUGCUAUAAAGGGUGUGUGUCAUAUAUUGAGGGAAUACUGGGAGUUGAUACCUGUAACAGCGUUAAACAGUAUACUGGUUGUUCUAGUCAAAGAUCUAGCGUGUGACAGUUCUACUGAUAGUAUACGACAAACUGUAAUACAGGGUUUGACGUGUCUGGUAGAUAACAGAUUAACCCAUACAACUCUACAAACAGUUUUACCACAGCUAAAACUUAAUAUACAUGAUACAUCCGAGAGAGUACGGGUAGCCAUGAUGGAUUUAUUGUUGAAAAUUAAAGAUAUACGAACAUUUAAGUAUUGGAACAUUGUUCCUGUCAAACAUAUUUUAUCGCAUUUAACGAUCACAGAAUCAGCUCCGGUCAAACGACGAAUCAUGAAGUUGAUGUUCAAGACAUUUUUUCCCGUUGACCAGGACGAUGACAAACAGAUAGACCGUCUGGUUUCGUUAAUUGAGAUGAAUUCAGAAUCUGUCCGCCAUUUUGUAAAAUCAUUUCCACAAUUUAUGACUGUUGCAGAAACAGGUAAAUAUAUGAUCACGGUUUGUCGAACUAUUUUAACGUUAAUCAAACAGUCGGAGAAAGGAAGGGAAGGAUUGGAUGAUACAAAUACAGAUGACGGUGAUGACAUGAAAGAUACUACCCAAUCAGAGGAUUCACAGGAAGUUGAUUGUGAGGGAUUGAAGCUGACGGAUCUUCACAUCAUGCAUGGUUUUCUAGAAACGUUACUGAUUUUAUGGACAGUAACGACAGACUUAUAUAGUUCGGAACAUAUUGAACUGUUAAAAGAUUUACAGAGAAAGUUUCGUGUUGCUGUUCCGAUGAUGUUAAAGGCCCUGCAGGAUCAUGAAUCGAGUGAUUUAAUAAUACAGAUAGCUGGUCAUCUUCCAUCACAUUAUGUUCCUACUAUCAGUUUAAAAUGUGUGUCCAAGUUACGUCAACAAACGGACAUCAGUGAAACCAAAGAUUACAAGAUGUUUCUCGAGGGAGCAUGUCGAUGGCAGAAAGUUGACGAUGUAUUUAGUCUGAUCACUGAUUGGUUGACGAGAGAAUUAGAUGGACAGAAAUCAAGUGUAGAUAACUCUAAUACGGAUCAAGAUCUGUCAUCAAGUAUUAAAAGAUCCAAGUUAAAAGGGAAGAAACGAGUUGGAUUCGUAGAACCUGAAGUUGCACCGCCUCAAGCUAAAUUAGGAUUGGACUAUCUUGAUCACAUGACCAGCGAUCACAUGUGUCAGAUGAUAAUUAUGAAUAAACAUAGGGCAUCGCUACAGAACCUUAUAAAAACCCUGCAGUUAUAUCAGGAAUGUGGGAAUAAAUUAAUACAGGGAGAUUCAUCAGCAGAAAUUAAAAAUCCUGAUUUAAUUCUACAAGCGUUUACACUACAGUUAAAAUGUGUAAUACUAUUACAUAGUGAGGAAGAAGAGAAUUGUAUUGCCAGUAAAAAUAUCAGUCCGAUAUUAACGUGGGCUGAGCAGCACCUUCUACUCAACUUCCGACCCGUGGAAACAUCGGGGUUAUCGACUACGCAAGUAAACAGCACAAACAUAAACAACACAACAAACUUAAAUACGACCAAACGUAAACGAGCUUUACGCGAUUUAUCAACGUUUUAUCUUCAACCAGAUGCCAUGAACGACACGACUGCCAACCUGGCUAAAGAUUCAACCAAUGAAAGAACAGAAUCAAGUACAAACAUGGCCAAUAAUUCACAGUUGGCUAUUGACAUGAUGAAGAUAUUAUUACGAGCAGGAAGUGAUGUAAUAAUGUGUGGAAUGGCCGAUGUUGAGUUUUGUAAAGUUUUAAUAGAUCUAUGUUUACAGUGUCUUGAUACAGAUGAAGAUAUGAAGUUAUUAGAAGCCAUAUUAAUCUGUGUUUAUCAAACAACAGAGUUUUACUGGGUGGUCGACAUACAAGAUGAUGACACGACAGCUUUAAAUUCUACAACUAUACCAGCCUGCCUUGCUAAACUUUAUAAAACACUUGCUUUCUACGCUAAACGACGACCAGAAAAAUGUGCAGACGUAUUAAGUAAAGUAAAGAAAUAUGUAAUACAGAUAUUUUCGACGGUGAUUAAAACUGUUGUCAAAGAUGAAUCAAUAUCUCGUGAUUUAUUAUCAACUACUGUUGCCGCGGUGAUAGCAGAAUUAUCAGAUGCCAGUCAACAGUUCAGCUUGGGUGAAGUUCGAACUGAUAUCAAAACACUGCCAUAUUUAACUGGCUGGAUAAUUGAGAUUAUUAACGCUAAAGUUUUAACCAGACAAUUAUUUAUAGAAGAGAUAGUUUGUUGUAUUAACUCAGAAGCUGUCACUGAUUUACAUCCAGUCCAUGGACUUCUACAUCUACUCUCCACUCUUAUCAAAUAUAAAUUUAAAUCGAGUAAAUUAGAAGAUUAUAAAGCAAGUCUAGACUGUCAGAUAAAUAAAUUACAAGAGAUCAAACCAGAAGAACAAGAUAGUGAAAUCAUCAACCUUAUUAAUAGCAAGAUGAAGAAUCUCAUGACAAACACUGAUGAAGAAAUGGCCUAGUUGACCUCGUCUAUAUUUAAUAGCAAUGACCUAGUUGACCUGGUCUAUAUUAAUAGCAAAGACCUAGUUGAACUGGUCGACAUUGAUAGCAAGAUGGAGAAUCUCAUGAAAAAACACUGAUGAAGAAACGACCUAGUUGAUCUUGUCUAUAUAAAUCUGUGAAUAUAUAAGUUGGAAAUGUAUAAACUUAAUGGUGCAUAUAACGUAUGUUUUUGCAAAUGUAGGGGCGUGGUGACCAAUGAUUUUGAUGUUAUAAAGCAGGUCAUUGAGUAUUCUUCUCUUAGUCCCUGCUUAAAUAAAAAGAAAUGAAAUGAAAUGAAAGCGGGUUUAACGUUCUGCUGUUCUGCUCUGAACUGGGCUAAUGAAGACGGGCAUACGCCAUACAGUGUGCUAUGAGGGAAAUUUUGCCCAGACAGCAGCACUACGGCCUACUCUAAUAUCAAAUUCCAACUACCAAGGGAUGUUUUACGUGCACGCCAAUGUGUAAACGGGGCCUCGGUUUUUCGUCCCAUCCAAACGACUAGACAGCUGUCCUUGUCAGGCCCUGCGUCCUGCAUCACUGACAAGGGCAAACCAUGAAGGUCCCUGCUUAAAGGAAAUAUACUUUUCAAACAAAAGUAGGGGAUAUUGAAAUUCAAAUACCUAUGCAGGUUGUGAUAUGAUAAAUAGUCAUGGACACUUGACAUGCUUUGAAAGUAUGUUCAUAGAUGAAGAACUAAUCGCCCCAACCGAACCAUUGAGCUGCACAUGCGACACGCAAUAGCGCCGUACACGUGGGAGGGGUUCAUUGUCAAAUUUGACACUUCAACGAAGGGUUGAUGAAAACUACCGCGUGCUGGUUUAUCUAUCCAUGUUAGCAUUCCUAUCGGUUCUUGCAUAAGAUUUAUGUUUAGCUAUCUUUUCUUUAGUGUGUUACGUUUAAUUUGAUCGGAGACGUGUUCAUCGACGUCAACGUCCACCGACAACACUGCAAGAGGAGUGGGUCAGAUUGCUCCAAAUCGUGAUUGGAUGAUUGAUUAGGAGCAUGCCAUGACGAAUUGCUGAAUGUCCGAGGAUUGGUUGAGCAAUUAUUCAUUAUUAAGACAAAAAUCAAAAACGUCCAUUUUCACUUUUGACGGUGUAUCUCUUUGCAAGUGAAAUGGGGCCGUCAGAUAAUCCGCCCAUAUGAACUUUUUAUGUUCAUGUGUAGGCAAUUGGCCUGUUAUUAACAUACACUGGUUACCUCUAAUAAAAACAGCAGUGCAUUUCCGCAGUUUUGUAUUGUUUCUGAAUAUCCCCUACUUUUUGUGAAGAGUAUACAUAUGAAUGUAUUUAAUUACGUUAUAUAUGUAUCUCUAUCCAAAGUAUAUUGUGGGGGGAGGGGGGUCUAACUUGUAUGAAUUAUAUCAUAAAGUCUGUUAUUGAGCCAUACUUGUACGUGACAAGGAGUCUGGUCACCUCCAUAACACUGUGGCUGUUUAUCCUGGUCCACCUGUUUCCUCCCACACCUAAAGACGAACACGAGCAAGAUUAUCAUUGAAAUAAAAUCGCACCUCAUGUUAGUUCCUAAAUAACCUAUUUUUGUGUCGAGUGGACGUUAAACUCUCUCCAAACUAUCCGUUGAUCAAUGUCUCCACAAGAAUUUGUCUAGAAAAUGACAAUUAAACUAUAUUAAAGAUACAUUAUGGGAGAUAUUUAUAGAGAGAUGGCCAUUCUUGCUAUAACAGUUCAAAAAUAGAUGAUGAAAGAAGAAUAUAUUGAAAAAUUCAGUCAAACUACUUUAUUCUGAACAUAGUUAUCAUCGUUGUAAUAUUUGCCUAGAAAUGGUAGCGAAAUGUGUCUUCACCUUCGCCGAACGUUUGAUUGACAGGCGUUAACUCCACCUACAUAUCUCUAUUAUCAAGUAAAUUUUUCAAUGGCAUACGGAAACGCUUUUCAGCGGCCUCGCUAAGUACACUCUAUCAUUUAGCCUCGAUCUAACUGACGUAUUUUCAUCAGGUUACCCCUUAUCUGAUUUAAUCAAUUAGUGAAAUCCUAUUUAAAUCCGAGCUGUAGCCGAGCCAUCCGUGGGUCUACAGAGUUGAUUUUGGGCUUGUUGUUUAAAUAAAGAUCUAAUUUAUAAUUUCUAUAACAUCUGAAGCCUAAAUUAAGACUUGCAAUAAUCAGAUUUAGCUCUUGCAUAAUGCAUGUUUAACUUCCUAUAUUCACGGAAUAUUUGAUUAAUCUAUGAAACAAAACAAAAAAGAGAGAGAGAAAUGGGGUUUAACAUCCACUCGACACAAACUAGGUCAUUUCGGGACUAACAUAUGGUUUAAUUUUAUUUCAAUAAUUUGCUUGCGCGUUGGGGUCUUUAGCAGUGGGAGGAAACCGGAGGACCCUGAGAAAACCCACGAGGUUGGACAGGCGACCCUACUCCUUGCCACGUACAACCGGGGAUUCGAAACCACGCCAGUUGACUCAAUGACAGACUUUAUGAUACAGCGCGCGCAGGCUAACCAUAAAACAAAAAAGAACAAGCAGUGUAAAAUCAGUGUUAUCUUUUUAUUAACAGUCUCAAGAUUUGCCGAUCAAUUAAAUAAAACAAAACAACUAUCGGACUCACAUAAAACGAAAAAAAAAAACCCAACUGUUACAAAUAUAUCACACAAAUUUUCAAGUUUUUUAAUUAUUCAUCCGAGUCCGGAACGUCCCCAGACCGAGUCCGAAACGUCGCAGGACCGAGUCCGAAAAGUCGUCAAUAAGUACGAACCGUCGUCAAAAUGUGUCCGAAAGGUCGUCUCUGUUGAGUCCGAAAUUACGCGGGACCGAACUGACGUGCUACCUUAUAAACUUCCAAUAUUGAUGGAAUAUUUGAACUGAUUAAUCUUUGUCUGAUAUAAUUAAUAAUCUAUUCGUGGCAUUUAGCGAUUGGGAAACACAUUCACAGAAGACAAUUUUUAUGGCUAACAAUCACUGGUUUUAUUCUAAAAACACGACGUUUCGACAAGUAUCCUCUUAUCGUUAUCAAGCACAUAUUAAUGGAAUAUUUGAAAAAAUAUUUUGUAUUUUAUCUUAUUACAAUCUGAUAAAAAUACAGAUCUA